AUGAUUCGGAACGCCGUACGAGCCGUGUGCCGAUCUGGAAUGGCCGUUAAAGCUGUUCGACCAUUGUCUACCACUCCCAUACUUCAGACUGUCCGGCCACUCGGCCCAAAAUGUAAACUACCAGAGUUUCAAACCACCGCAGUGGUUGAUGGCGAUUUCAAGACUGUUUCUUCCAAAGAUUACAAGGGAAAAUGGCUUAUCAUCUUCUUCUAUCCACUUGACUUCACCUUCGUAUGUCCCACAGAAAUUAUCGCAUUUGGAGAUCGUGCUGAGGAGUUCCGAAAACUCGGAUGUGAAGUCGUGGCUUGCUCCUGCGACUCUCAUUUCUCUCAUCUUGCUUGGGUGCAGACUCCACGUAAAGAAGGAGGACUAGGCGACAUGAACAUUCCGAUUCUUUCUGAUUUUAGCAAAAAAAUCGCCAGGAGUUUUGGAGUGCUAGAUGAGGAUGCAGGUGUCUCGUUCCGCGGACUUUUCCUCAUAGAUCCCAAUGGCGAAGUUCGUCAUACUACUUGCAAUGAUUUGCCCGUUGGUCGUUCAGUAGACGAAGCAAUGCGUGUGCUGAAAGCUUUCCAGUUUGUUGACAAACAUGGAGAAGUCUGUCCUGCUGAUUGGCAUGAUGACUCACCAACUAUUAAGCCAGGAGUAAAAGAGAGCAAGGACUACUUCUCGAAGGUCAACAAGUAAUGAAGUAGCAAAGAAUAUACCUCCUGUGGAAAAGAAGAGUAGAAUUAGAUUUGUGCGUGCUUUUCAAGUUGUCAUCUCAGAUUGUGUUUGUCUCAUUCCUCUAUCAUACGACUAAUAAAUGUUCCGUAUGAACA